AUGUGUGUGUGUGUGUUGAUACUACCUCUGAUAUCCCAUAACUGCUGGGAAGGUGUGGGAACCGCGCAAAGGGAGUUUUUUACUUUUGUGUCCGUUUGUAAGUUUACGUCAUCUGAUUCUUUACGGGGCCGUGUAGCGGGAAUGGCGCUUUCAUUAGAGGACAGCAAUGCUGCGCUGCGGUGUCAGCGUAACCGAGCCGUGGCAGCCGCAACACUUGCCGACUCAAUGCUUACGAGGUCUGGUCUUGUUUGUGACGAGGCUCACAGUAAAACUUUUUUUUCAACCCAUACGAGGCCGAUUGUACGGUACGGUAGCUUUGAAGAGUUGUUGCAGACGCACCUGAAACCCGAUCCAAAUGGUGAAGCGCGCGAAUUAUUGCGUGUCCUUCAGUCAGUGCCUGUUCUGCGCGAUGAGCUCGCUCUCCUCGACGAUGCGACGCUGAAGAAUGUUUGUUCGUUUCUUGGUACCAACUCAAGGGAUCUGGCCCGGCUUGGUUCCGUAUGCCGCCGCCUGCAUGGCAUUGCCAUCGCCUUUACCCCUCCUGAGGUCGUUGUAGUGCCGAGCAUGGUAUCGUCACACGGCCUCAUGAGCGAUGUUAUCAUGGACUCCCUUUGCUCCUUCUUCAGUUCGUACAAGCGCGGGCAGUUUGUACAGCGCCUCAGGCUUGUCGCUUCCAAGUACGCUUCCACGUUGGCGAUAAAUGAUUCCCUUCCACUUUGUAGUCCUCAUGCCUUCCCAGCGCUGGCUAAGGUUUUUCCUUCACUAACGUAUCUAGACUUGCGUGGUGUUCGCUGGAACGCUCAGUGCUUCCCAGGACUUGAGCAGAGCUUUUUCAGCGACCUCUACGUUGCGACGCCACAUCUGCAGACGUUGAAGGUUGGUGUUUCCCUACUUGUUUAUUGGUCACCGGGUUGGUGGCAACGGCUACCGACGCUUUCGCAUUUUGUCGUGGGUUCUCGCCGCGACGACCAAGCAGCAGCACUGCCUUCCGAUGUGUUUGAAAUGCUCCGUGCACCGCAAAGGUCGUGGAGUGUGAAGUUUUGGUGCGUAGUGAAACGGGAGACUUUGCUUCUUUUCUUCUUGGCUACACAGCCACUACCGGGGGUGCGUGAGCUUGCGCUCAACAUAGGUAACAUCGAUUUGGCAGAGGCCUUUUCUCGGCAGCCCACGAGAGCAGUGCGUGAGGAGAGCCGCGGGCGGAAAUCUGCGAAGGGUUCUAGGAUGAACACACCCCGGCGUGCAGCUGGAGGCAACUCUAACGAAGGGGAUUUGUGUGUAUCUUUUCCGUCAAUGACCGCACUCACAGUAGCAAAUUUAGAUCGUGUUCCCCUGUUGGCCCACAAACUCCUUUCGUGGAUUUCACAGCGUGCGCCGGCUCUAAGGCAUUUUAAUAUAGUGACUACUGCACGUAUCCCACCACCACCAACUCGACUCAAAAGGCAAAUGAUGGCUGAACAAGCACAUCUCACUGCAACCAGCUAG